UCAAACCAUUAGGUCCAUCUGCGCAAGGUAUGACGAGGUGAACUGGCCAGAAGACUCUAUUAUGUCCCGUGCCCCCGGUUAUUUGAGGGGCAGGGAAAAACGGGGGCCUCUAGUGGAUGUAGCGGCCGGAACGAGUCGGGAACGAUGGGGAUAAAAUCUUUAAGUCCGGGUGAACUUGUAGAGCUUUUCGAAGUGAACGGGAAUAAAUUCACCUUUUUCUGCGAACCAGAUUGUCCAGACUCUAGAGCCGUCGUUGGAGACUUCACGAACCCUCAUCAACCGAAAGAUACGGGGGCAAAUGGAGGCCGAGAAGGUUAAAAAUGACGAAAACAAACUGGAACCGAGCGCGACCGACGGGCCGCAGCCAGGAUGUGGUGAUGCGCCCACACUGAUGGAAACAAGGGUUUCAGAACGCCUGUCUGUCCAAGACUCACCGGAGGUUGUUCAAAGGCUCGUAACUCCUCCGCCCCAGGACCGGUCCACCCGUGGCUCUGCCGGAGUCGAAAAGGCCGAUGGGAAACGCGAGUCGGGAGUCAUGGUUGGGGGAGACGAGCCUCAGGACCAGGCCCCGUACAGCGUGUUUGACGCCUGGGAGAAACGUUUUAUCGUCUUCAUGGUGGCGCUCGCCAGCUUCUUCUCGCCCGUUAGCGCCAACAUCUACUUUCCGGCGCUCAACACCCUUGCUCAAGACUACCGUGUCUCAACCACGCUCAUCAACUUGACAAUCACCGUGUACAUGAUAUUCCAGGGACUUGCCCCCUCCUUUACGGGUUCACUGUCAGACAGCAUCGGCCGGCGGCCCCUGUAUAUCCUGUGCUUCGUCGUCUACAUUGGGGCAAAUAUCGGUCUCGCGUUGCAGCAUCGGUUCGCGGCCCUCAUGGUUCUACGGUGUCUUCAAAGCUCCGGUAGCAGCGGCACGAUUGCACUUGGCAAUGCUGUCGUCUCCGAUAUAGCCAGUCCUGCGGAGCGUGGAGGAUACAUCGGAUACGUUUCCCUAGGCGGUGUGGUUGGAGUCUCGCUUGGCGCCAUCCUCGGCGGACUUCUCAGCGACUUUCUGGGUUGGAGAUCCAUUUUCUGGUUCCUCGUCAUUUGCGCUGGUGUCGUCGUCAUAUUGAUCGCUCUGUUCCUGCCGGAAACGGCACGAGCUGUCGUCGACAAUGGUUCCGUCAGACCUCCCAACUGGAACCUGUCCCUCUGGGAUCUGCUGUCACCCACCAGGAGCAGGAGAACAGCCACGCCAGAGACGGAGAGGUCAGUAAGCGGCCUGAAGGGCCGCAACUUUGUCAACCCCUUCAUGACACUCAGGAUAUGCGCCGACAAGGAGGCAGGCAUCGUGCUCCUCGCCAACGGCAUCAUGUUCGCGGGGUAUCUCGCCAUGGUAAGCGCCAUACCGUCGCAGUUCCAGAAGCUCUACGGUUUUAACGACCUCCACAUCGGUCUCUGUUUCAUCCCCGGCGGAGUGAGCGCCGCCAUCUCCGCCAUCGCCGUCGGCUACGCGGUCGACUGGAACUUUACCCGCCACUUGCGCCGGCUGGGCGUCAGCGCCGGAGAGGCCAAGCAGAUGAGCCGGGACCUCGGCAGCUUCCCCAUCGAGAGCGUCCGGUGCGAGGUUGCGCUCCCGAUGUUGGUUCUGGCCAGCGUUUCCUUCAUUGUGUACGGCUGGCUACUCUCGUAUCAAGCCAGCGUGGCCGGGCCCCUGGUCAUGCUCUUCUUUGCCUGUUUCGGGGUGAACGGCUUCUUCACCGUCCUCAGCGUCCUCAUGGUGGACGUGUAUCCGCAGGCUCCGGCCACGGCGACGGCGGCUAACAACCUCGUCCGGUGUUGGCUUGGGGCUGGCGCGUCGGCCGUGAUCGUUCCGAUGAUAGAUGCCAUGUCGAGCGGGUGGGCGUAUACUUUUGUCGCGUUGGUAUACCUCCUGCUCGCGCCCUUGCUCUGGGUUAUAAUGCGCUGGGGUCCAGCGUGGAGGGCAGCGCGCAUUGUGGCGGAAAAGGCGCGGGUGUCGAACGGCCUGGACGUGGAGGCAUGAGACGGUGGUAUUUGGUAACGGAAACGGUGAUUUGGCUACCUGUGUAGUAGAGACGUUUGAUUCCCAACUGCUGAACUCUCAACAUCGAGGUCUGCCAGAGACUCAGGUCACAUUUCUCGCCCAAAGAACAUCUGUCGCAUUCGGAGCCUGCCAAGUCCGUCGUCGGACGGCUAGACAUGUGCGUGGAGUUCCCAUUCACCCGCUCGAUACAGCACAAGUUGGGCUUGGCCGUCGUUGGGAUGGUUUAAUGAAAGGACGCAUUAUAGACUGGGAAGUUAGCGUGUUUCCACCGACCUGGACAGUCCCCCACGUCGAAGGGGAAACGGAGAGCUCUGUCGGCAGGCUGCCUCACUU